AUGGAGGUAAAAACCACACUAAUUAAGGCAGAAACCAAGCUGUUAACGACAGGAAAGAGAUUUGCUGCUUACCUGCUGCUAGGAAACUGGAGACUAGAAUCGAGAUGUGAAGCAUGUACGAGAAUCACCCUAAGCUUAAAAAUCAUGCUGGCUAAAGAAAAAGCAGCACGCUCCAAGAACUUGGAUAAAAGCCUCGCAGUUAUACAUGCGUGCACGCCGGAAACUAGCAAACUCCGAUGGUAUUGGAAAAACAAACAUGAAAAAACCUGGGAAGAGUUUGAUCAAGUUAGCAAUGAUAAGCUCACUAGAAAUCAUAGCAAAGGCAAACCUCGAGCCCAUGUUCUUGUCAAUAACAUAUGGCACCAUGUUACGUUCAGUCAAAUGAAAAUGCAAAAGAUCAAUUAUCGCAAUGUAACGUCAGUUAAACGAUCAGGUUCAAAGCCGCCAUUCUCAGCAUCAGAUAACGAAGACUCUUCUGAUACUGACAAAGAGAGCCAGGAGCCAGUUAAUCGUGUGCUGGAUAGAAUGGAUAUGAAGGGAAGGAAACCAUCAAUGUUAAAAAAACUGACAGGUUUGGGUUGGUCUUCAUCAGACGCCGGCAAAGAGAAAAAUAAACCUAAACGUGAAAGGAAGAUUAUGGCAAGCGAAGGAAAGAGGACAAGGGAACCAUUCUGGGGACGGGACAAAAAAGAACGUGAUUACAAGAAAGGGAAAGAUAACGAAGACUCUUCUGAUACUGACAAAGAGAGCCAGGAGCCAGUUAAUCGUGUGCUGGAUAGAAUGGAUAUGAAGGGAAGGAAACCAUCAAUGUUAAAAAAACUUGGAAACGUCGCUCUGUAUAUGAGAAGAAAACAAGGACGACAUCGACCGGGUGCUAGAAAAUGGGCAGUUCGUGGCCUGAGAAAGAUUGGAGGUUUUGUUGUGACAGGUUUGGGUUGGUCUUCAUCAGACGCCGGCAAAGAGAAAAAUAAACCUAAACGUGAAAGGAAGAUGAUGGCAAGCGAAGGAAAGAGGACAAGGGAACCAUUCUGGGGACGGGACAAAAAAGAACGUGAUUACAAGAAAGGGAAAGGUGCCAGAAAAUGGGCAGUUCGUGGCCUGAGAAAGAUUGGAGGUUUUGUUGUGACAGGUUUGGGCUGGUCUUCAUCAGACGACGGCAAAGAGAAAAAUAAACCUAAACGUGAAAGGAAGAUGAUGGCAAGCGAAGCAAAGAGGACAAGGGAACCAUUCUGGGGACGGGACAAAAAAGAACGUGAUUACAAGAAAGGGAAAGGUGCUAGAAAAUGGGCAGUUCGUGGCCUGAGAAAGAUUGGAGGUUUUGUUGUGACAGGUUUGGGCUGGUCUUCAUCAGACGACGGCAAAGAGAAAAAUAAACCUAAACGUGAAAGGAAGAUGAUGGCAAGCGAAGGAAAGAGGACAAGGGAACCAUUCUGGGGACGGGACAAAGAAGAACGUGAUUACAAGAAAGGGAAAGUGACAGGUUUGGGCUGGUCUUCAUCAGACGACGGCAAAGAGAAAAAUAAACCUAAACGUGAAAGGAAGAUUAUGGCAAGCGAAGGAAAGAGGACAAGAGAUUCCUUCGGGGACAAAAAAGAACGUGAUUACAAGAAAGGGAAAGAUAAUGAAGACUCUUCUGAUACUGACAAAGAGAGCCAGGAGCCAGUUAAUCGUGUGCUGGAUAGAAUGGAUAUGAAGGGAAGGAAACCAUCAAUGUUAAAAAAACUCGAACGUCACGGCGUUCGCCGAUCUCUUGACGACGAAGUAAAUGAGGAAGACAGAAGCUGGAGACUUAGGCAAAAAAGCAAUGUGAAGGUGGAAGAUGCAAUGACACAAACUGUCGGGAGAGUUACUUAUCAAGAUCAGUCUUGCAUGGCAGGACUGACGAAGCCGCCAAGCAGUGAGAUGCCAGAUCCCAUGGAAGAAAUUUCCGUACAACACGCUACACAACAUGGAAAUAUUCGAUUACUGCGGGCAAUAGCACUGUCCGAUGACGAAGGUCUUCGAAAACAUGCCAAAUACUAUCCUCUGCACACUGCGACUGCACUAGGCAUGAAAAGAACCUCGUCGUUCCUUAUGCAAUCUGGAUUCGAUUUAGAUGAUCGAAAUGAAAGCUGCCAUACCGUAAUAGAGAGUGUUGACCCGUCAAAAGACAACAUUUUGCGGGAAUAUAUACAAAGAUUAGAAGGUGUCGACACUGCAGGCUUGUCUACUCCACACCAACAGCAAGAAGGUAUGUCUGACCAGCUAGGUGUCCGCACUGUCAAUAUGGAGAGAGUCGAUUUAUCAACAAGAACAGUUUACGUACCCUCAACACAGUUCCGAGCUUCCUUUAAGGACAGAGACCCGACAAGGAAACUGUUCUUUGUGUCUCCUUUCCUUUCAAAGUACAAAAUGGUCUGUACUUAUCAGAUGUAUGGUUUGCUCUGGAUUCUGGGGAGAUAUAACCCAAAAGAUUUUUGUCAAUGCUUGAAUGACAUUAUCCUUCCUCAAAGAACUUUGCUGCAGUACAAAGAAUACCGAUCAGGUCUUUUCAACUUCGAUUCCUGGUUCAACAAUGGACGUCAGGGACAGGAAAGCGGAACAUACGAAGUUCUAGAUGAAAUACCAGAGUGGAUAGUUUCAAUACUCCAGAAAAGACAGGAACUUUCAUCUGACGUCGAUAUCCUUGAUGAUGGCUGGACCCCGAUGCAUUAUGCAGUUCUUACUUGUAAUGAUACUUUGAUCAAACAGUUGCUGGAGAAAGGUGAAGGACAUCUGAACGACAAAACACUGACUUUGCUACCAAACUUGAUACUUAAAGAACUGAAAAAACAUUUUCGGUUUGAGUAUGAGUUUGUGUACAGUCAUAUAGAAGGUUUCACUCCUCUUAUGCUUGCAACGUUCACAGAAAAUCAGUCUGCGAUCACGCUGUUGUGUCAAAGUAUUGCUAUCAUGACUCUGCUCAACGGAAAAGAUGUAACGGAUUGCCUCACACUAGCAUAUUGCGAAGACACAGAAAGGAACCUCAAUGGCGCUCUUUGCAAGAGGGGAAAGGAGUAUUUGUUUACAAAACACGAAGUUGACGUCAACUUGCAACCAUUUUACCGAAAAAAAGACCCGAUGAGAAGAAUAUUGUUUGCUUCCUCAGAUGAUAUAUUAGAGCAAGUUGAAGAGGACUUUCUCACUGUCAGCAUCAUUGCUGGAACAAAUGCUUUCAACAGCGAUUAUUUUAUUCCUGGCAAUACAUCAGACGAUAUUUCCGAGGAAGAGGAUAUACUCUUAGCAGAAACAAUACAGUCACAUUCUGACAGGUUGUGGAAACGUCACAGCUCUCUUAACGGUAUAACGCCAGGCCAUAUUUCGUCAGUACCGGGUGGGCAUACAGGGUAUGAGCUGAACGUCAUUGUCAUCUUGCAUAGCAAUGACAGAGAAUUGAUUCCUGCAUCUGAAUUGCCCUUCCAGGAGUAUCUGUUAACAGAUCGCACACGUGUUUUAGUUCAUGUUGUAGAAGGUUCUUUCAAAUUCGGUCCAGGAACGGCACACGUUCAGGUUGGUCGUAGCAUCGAUUACAACCAAUUCCGUGCUACUCUUGGUAUGUUUGUGGAGAAUAACAAAAACGAAAUAGGAAUCUUGACCUGUGGACAUACUUUCCUGGAAGAAUUUUUCAAUAGCGAAGGUAAAUACUAUGAUAAAACGUUUGAUGAAAACUCAUCAGCAGAUUUGUUGAACGUCUACAAAGUCGAAGAAAAACGUCUGCAAGUUUUUGAUCCAGACAAAAUCUCAGACACUGAACCAGCCGGUGAGGAUGCGAUGGAGUCGGAGGAUUCCUAUCAGAUUUGUGGAUACGUGAAAAGACUGUUAUUACGCCCAGACAAAGAUAUUGGUAUCGACGCAGCUCUCAUUCUGUUUCAUCGCGACAAAUUCUCUAGUGACCCACACUUACACGCCGAACAUUCCAUGGCUGAUUACUGGUGUGCUAGAUCAAGUAUGUAGUCAGUUAAUGCAAGUUGUAUACGUUAUUCAUUCAAUACCGGCGAAGAAAUGCAAUGUGCACGACCCGUCGACGUCUUCAAAAGUGGUAUUGGAACAGGACUAUCUAAAGGAAAAAUUGUUUUCCAACAAGCAAGGGGCGAGGUCAGAACAAGUGACAGUAGUUUUGAGCCGAUGCAAUUCAGUAAUUGUAAGGCAAAACAUGUAAUGAAGGGACAACUUGUAGUAGUGCAUACGGACGCAUUUGCACCGUUCUUUGCUUUGGGGGAUUCGGGCUCUGCUGUAUUUGCUUUAGAUUCCCCGUUGAAAUGCAUUGGAAUGGCUAUAGGUUGUAUGAGUAAGAGUUUUGAAACUCUUGUCACCCCAAUUCGUCCGCUCCUGGAAGAGCUGUCAGAUGGGGACACCAGGUACAAGUUAUUAUCAUUUCCAAAUGUAGGCAAUUCACAGACCCAUGAUUCUUAG